AGAAAAGAGGUAUUUACCUGAGAUUGAGAUUAAUAUGCAUGUCAAAUGAAUGAGGUUUGACUAACCAACUAAAAUGACCUGAUAGUACUAUACCUGCUUGAGUUGUACGAGUCUUAAAAUAUUAGAGUUGGGAAUGAGUGAUUUUUGUUGGGAGAAGAGCAGAAUCCAAGUAAAUAUACGUCCAAAAGUACACAUUCUAAUUCUACCUUCCGAAACACCAUCGACGAAUUUUGUGACGAAGAGAUCCCCAACCUCAGCUUCUGAAUUAACAAGCUUGAAGACAAGGAACGAAAUGGCUGGUCCUCGGAUUGCUCAUGCUACUUUAAAAGGACCAAGCGUCGUGAAGGAAAUAUGUAUUGGCAUAGUACUCGGAUUAGCUGCUGGCAGUGUUUGGAAGAUGCAUCACUGGAAUGAGCAAAGAAAAACCAGGACCUUUCAUGAUUUGCUGGAAAAGGGUGAGAUUAGCGUAAUUGCGGAGGAAGAAUAAAAUAGGUCAUGUUUUGGAACUUUUAUCCCCUUCAAUAUUCAAUUGUUUCAUAAGAUGUGGAUGAGUUGAUUCCAAGGAAUAAGUUUCAUGCACUGAGCUGUGGACUAUAUUUUGUUGGCUUAUGGAAAUUUCAUAAAGCUUUCUUUUAUUGCUUUUCUUACCGGAGCUAUGUUCUUGCUGCACAAUCAUGCAUGUUUUACUGUAUUAUUUUCACUGUGUUGAUUACAACUUGUUUUGCCUACCAAACAAAGUGUUUCCUUAGGAUUUGAAGAACAUUUAAGCCAUGUUUUUCUGCCAAACUGAACAAAUACAAAGUUUGGUAUUGAGGAAAAGAUAAUGUAGUUGAGAGCACCGUCUAGUAGAUCAGGGAAUGUGAAAUUGUCUUGAAAGGGACAGUAUUUCAGCAAUUCAAAAUUUAGUUUGUAAUUUUCUUUCAAACGAUAUGUGACGAAUGAUAUACAACAUAUAAUAAUGAUAUACUCAAGAUUGCAGUA